AUGUUGUCGGAAUCCCCAAAGACCAGCCAGGCUCGGCAACCUCGCAAGUGGACCGCAGCUGAGGACCAGAUACUUCGAGAAGAGGUUGAACAGCAACAAAGAAGCGACGGAGAAGCCAAAGAUUGGAUCCGCGUAGCAGAAAGUCUGCCCGGACGCUCGAACAAAGACUGUCGCAAAAGAUGGAAAAACUCAGUCGUAGGAACCUUGAAGAAGGGGCAAUGGUCCAAAAGUGAAGACACUCUCUUAGAGGAGGGAAUCGAGCGCUAUGGACAGAAAUGGACGCUGGUUGCAGAUGUGGUCGCAUCAAGAUCUGCAGACCAGUGCUCAAAGCGGUGGUCUCAAUCUCUCGCGCCGUAUAUCGAUCGCAGCGAGUGGCGAGAAUCUGAGGACGAUCAAUUGAUCCAAGCUGUGCAAAAGUUUGGACGGCAUUGGAAGGAUAUCAACCGCUACUACUUUCCUCGUCGUUCUAAGAACUCGAUAAAGAAUCGAUACACAGUCCUGCUCCGUCGCUACCAAAACCAAGGCAUUUCUCUAUCGGAAGGACCUACUACAUCAGAUCCUGCAUCACCUCAAGGGUUUGUCGAUGAUAUGCCAACUGACGAUGAAAGCCAAUCUAUCGCUACAAGUUCUUACGAUGUGAUACGUACACCGCGGACACAGGUCUCUACUCCGGAAUCUCCUCCAACCUGGCCCAUCAUGAAUCCCCCUUCGGCGGCAGCAUGGUCAGCUCCAAAUCCCUACGUGUCAAAUAACCUAUUACAAAGCCCGUCAUCUAUGUACUAUCCCCCCACUCAGGUUACAAAUGCAAAUGUCGGCCCCUGGAAUUGGUCUUCGGCUUCGCCCACAAAUCCUCCUACCAUGACUCACCCAUUCGUUGACCCAUACGCGCACGCACCCGAGGCCCAAUACAGCCCUUACGGCAAUCUCCCAAAUGCAUACGACAAUUCAACGACACUUCCGCCGGCGAUGAACUUCAACCAAUCGUACAAUUCCACGACACGGUCAAUGGGCUCGUCGCAAGGUCCCCGCACCGCUCCAUUCUAUCAACCGGACGGAGCUGGUCCGUCUGCUGCGCGGUAUGAACGAUACGACGCGCAUCCCGAUCGCUCUUUUUACAGACAUUGA